UCUUCGACGAAGUCAUUUCAUAUUAUUCGUUUCACUGUUUAGAUAUGUCACAACGUUUGCUGCAGAUUGUAUUUUUAUGGUUUACUUAGUUUACUUGUUGUUUAACUUUUGAUGUGUGGAAUUAUUAUUCUUUAGUUACUGUGAUGUGAUUAAAAGCAGAAUUUUUGUUUGUACAGACUGUGACAGUCAUCUAUCAAACUGGAGUGGCAUAUUUUUGUCGUAAAGUAAUCGGUGCGGACAGAAUUGUUACAAAAAUGGCAUCGAAAAAUUGUUGUGUGAUGUUUAUGAUUUUUACUGUAGCGAUAGUCCAGGCAGUUAGUUACGACACUGAACUAUUUGAAACAGCGCCUUGCGACAGUAAUGCUUGCUUCGACGCUCUUCACGGUGCACUUGGAGAUUGUUCGUGCAAUGUUGACACUAUCGACUAUUUCAAUAAUGUAAAGAUUUUUCCCCGCAUCCAGAGUUUAGUGAGUAAAGACUAUUUUAGAUUUUACAAGGUCAAUUUAAAAAAGGAAUGUCCAUUUUGGGCGGACGACAGUAGAUGUGCGAUGAAACAUUGUCAUAUUAAAACUUGUUCAAAGGACAGUGUUCCAGGAUAUGUUGAUGAGCACGAAAAUGAACGACCAGCUGAAAAGUAUACAAAGAUAGAUCAGACCGCUUGUAGUACCGAUGAGGAUCAUGAUCCUGAUUUAGGAUAUUUAAAUAUGACCAUAAGUGCAGCAAGCCAGUAUGAAAUAGCAAAAUGGAAUGCUCAUGACAGUGCAUUAGAAAAUUUCUGUGAAUGUGAUGAUAAAGAUGUAGAGGCAGAAUAUGUUGACCUGUCUCUAAACCCAGAGAGGUAUACAGGUUACAAAGGACCUUCUGCUCAUAGGAUUUGGAGAAGUAUUUACCAGGAAAAUUGCUUCAGACCUAAAUUAAACCCUUAUGAAUCCUUUCCAUAUGUACUCAGUUCUGAUUUGAGUAAUAUGUGUUUAGAGAAAAGAGUAUUUUAUAGAGCCAUAUCUGGACUACAUAGCAGUAUUAAUAUUCAUUUGUGUUCAAAUUAUUUACUGUCAGAAAAAGGUGUUGAUUUUGCUGCACCUCCUGAUGGUGAGUGGGGACCCAAUUUGGAGGAGUUUCAGAGACGCUUUGAUCCAUCUCAGACACAUAAUGAGGGUCCCAACUGGUUGAAAAAUUUAUAUUUUGUUUAUUUACUGGAAAUGAGGGCACUUUCCAAAGCUGGUCCGUACUUGGAAACGGAAGAAUAUUUCACUGGAAACCCCACAGAGGAUGAUGAGACAAGAGCAGCCAUAAGUAACAUGCUGAGCGUUAUAUACUCAUUCCCUGAUCAUUUUAAUGAAUCUGCAAUGUUCAAUGGAGGUAGUCAAGCUGCAAAAUUAAAGAAUGAGUUUCGUGAACACUUUUGGAAUAUUUCAAGAAUAAUGGAUUGCGUUGGCUGUGACAAAUGCAAACUUUGGGGCAAGCUUCAGACUCAAGGCUUGGGUACUGCAUUAAAAAUUCUAUUUUCUUCACAAUGGGACAGCCUUGAGGCAGAUCCAGAGCAAGGGACGCUACCAGUCAGACACAAGGCAAAUAAGCGAUUGCAGAGAACUGAAAUUGUAGCACUCUUCAAUGCAUUUGCGAGACUUUCGAAUAGUAUUAGACAGUUGGAAAACUUCAGAAUCAUGCUCAGCGCAAACAAAGAGCCCGAAGUGAAACGGAACGUUUUCGAAGGCGGUGGUGCCAACAUAAGAAGUACGAAGGAGCAGUGCUCGUCGGGCGGUGACAAGCCGAGGAUUUGGAGCUAAUGAUUAAGUCAAAUUUAUUGAUAGAUAAUUUAUUUAUUUACAUAUUUUUUUCCUUAUUAUAUGUCCCGAAUUUAUUAUUUACAGAAAAAAUAAAAAAUAGUGCAUGGUUUUGACAGCUGUCAAAGUGAUGUUAUUUUGAAUGUGAAGCAACCAAUCGGAGACCAGAUUAUGCUUUAUUUUUCUUCAUUGAAUUAUUUUUAAGUUUUUAGCUUUACAACUUUAGUAUUUAUUUUAAGGGGGCUUGUAACAACACGAAAAAAGUUUACUACGGUUCUGGUUGAUACUGGAAGAGUCUGUACGUUUUAAAAAAAUGUCUUGAUUUUUAUUUAGCUAUAUUUAACCAGUAUUGUGUAUUUUUUUUAAUUAUAUGCAAUGACAAAGUCACAAAAAUAAGAGAUUUUUGAGAUUAAUGUAUUAAAUGUUAUUCUGUAGUACUAAGUGUGGGGAAACAUCACACAUUUGCACACCAGUGAAAAAAGAAGGCUUACGUUGAUUAUGUUAAAAGUUAAUUUUGCUUGUAUAGUUAUUGUGCAUAUUUUGAACAGAAUUUGAUAUGAUUUCUUUAUCUAUUGAUAUAAUUUUCAAUUAAAAGUGAAUCUAAACUUUGUGUUUUUUUUAUCAAAUUUCAAUCUUGGCUUUCAAAAAUUUUAUUGAUUAAUUUUAAUUUAAAUUGUAUGGAGAUUACUUAAGUGGGAUUGAUUAACUAAGAAUAGGUAAUCUUGUAGUGUAAUAGUUUUUAUUCCUUUUGAUAUUUCUUCAUGACUUUGCACCCUCUAGUCAUAUAUAUGAAGUAUGUAUGAUUAAAUAGACAUUUACUUAUUUUUUUAUCUAUUUACAUUUUAUGUAUUUUACAUAACGAUUAACAGUUUUAAAUAUUAAUGUAAUGACCAUUAUUUCUUUGUUAUGUAAAAAUCAAUUGUACUACAACUGUUGUUCUAUACAGGGUUGUCCCAAAAGGUUACGUAAAUAGGAAGGGGGAUGAUAAGAGUGGUCACAAGGGUCACCAGAAAAAUUAAAUAA